AUGGAUUCCGCUCCAGUAUACCCCCUCAGAGGCGCCAAGGCCGCGUACAACUGCAAGUUGGUGAAUCCCAACGGAAAGUUGGUGGAUGCUUGGCUCCAGCAUAGUCUCAUGACUCAGAGCGCCCGAAAGCGGAUUCGUGAUGGUGAAGAACAAGACUUGACAGACGACGAUAUGGCGGCUAUUAGCGACUUGGAGAGCCUGAUUUCCGACGGCCACAUCCACAGCCAAAAGCGCCGCCUCACCACCUUGGACGAAGCCAGUAUUCGAGACGCCCGAGAAGUACGCCACAGUCUUCGUGAAAACGGCCGAGACCACGGUUCUCCCAUGACAGAUGACGACCAAGACCAAGCUCAGCAGCUUCCCCUUCCGUCGCCCAGCGCUUCUCCCAUCCAGGCUGGCCGUCAUAGUCCUGCACUCGACCCUGUAGAACUCCAGCUUCUGACGGUCCCGGCCACGCAACAAGAACUUAUCAGCAUGAUCAUGGGCUUGAGUAGCUAUCUCAGUCCUACAAACAGACACCACUUGGUGUUUCGACUACUUCAGCGAACCGACAGGGUGAUGUUGAGCACGUUUGGAGACUUGAUAAACUCCAGCUUGAAGCGAGACUUAUUGACCACUGUUCCCGCCGAGAUUGGCUACAACGUCCUUCAGCAUCUUCUGUACAGAGCUCUUCUAAACGUGUCGCGAGUAUCCCGUUCUUGGCACAAAAUGGUGGAUAAUGCUGCACUUUGGGCCACAUUGUUGAAGCGUGAUAAGCUUGUCAAAGACGACGAGGAAAUUGCUCGUGAGUUGGCGGACGAUGAAAGUCUAGCACCCUGGCUGGGAGUAGGCGGCCACAACAGCAGCUGUAGUAAGAUGCAAACGUUGUACAAGAAACGGCGCAUUAUUCUCAAUCGAUGGAUGGAUCCUAAAUACGAACCAAGACGUAUCAGUGUUGCCGGCUUGGGCAAAAAUGUGGUCACCUGCUUGCAGCACGAUGAAGACAAGAUUAUAGCGGGCGUUGAAGACCUGCGUAUCAAUAUUUAUAGUGCCAAAACUGGAGAACUCAUCAGAGAACUCGAGGGCCACGAAAGACCUUCGGGAGUUUGGGCUCUCAAAUAUUUUGGUAACACUUUGGUACUGGGAUCCACCGACAAGACGGUCCGUGUAUGGGACCUUCGUACCGGACGAUGCACACAUGUGUUCCGUGGCCAUACUUCCACUGUUCGUUGCAUGCACAUCUUACAUCCUCAAUCUAUUGGUAAGGAUGAAAAGGGAAAUGAUAUAAUAUUUCCAGAGCAUCCAUUACUUGUUACCGGUUCUCGUGACCAUAACUUGCGUGUUUGGCGACUUCCGCUUGUCGAAGACAGCCGUGAAAGUGACGGCACCUUCGACUGUGGAGACGCCGAAAACCCAUACCUUGUAAUGGUUCUCGCUGGGCAUACUCAGUCCGUACGUACAGUGUGUGGUUACGGAAACCUUGUUGUUUCUGGAUCCUACGAUACCACGGUUCGGGUGUGGGAUCUUCGUGCUGGGGGCCGAUGCAAGUAUGUGCUUCUGAACCAUAGCGAUCGUAUCUAUUCGACCGCGUUAGAUGUUACAACGAUGCAAUGCUUCUCGGGAAGUAUGGAUUCAACCAUCAACGUUUGGAACUUGAACGAUGGGAAGUUAAUCCGUACACUUCAAGGUCAUACUAUGCUUGUUGGAUUACUCGAGUUGUCAGAUGAAUAUUUGGUGCUGGCAGCUGCUGAUACUACCCUUCGCGUGUGGGAUCCUCGUACCGGUGAAAACCUCAGCAAACUAAAGGGACAUACCCAGGCCAUCACGUGUAUGCAUCAUGAUCGACUUCGGGUGGUUAGUGGAAGCAUAGAAAUGCUUAAGCUUUGGAACAUUCAAACCGGCGAAUUCGUGAGAAAUUUGUUGCCAGACAUCAGUGGAGGAAUUUGGCAAGUUCGCUUGGAUCAAAAUCGAUGUGUGGCAGCAGUGCAACGGAAACAAAAUGGUUUGGAGGAAGCGUUUAUCGAAAUUUUGGAUUUCAGUGUUCCACCAGAUACAUCGCUGGCCGACAGUGUAUUGUGA